AUGGGUGCACAACCACGUCUGAAGACACACUACUACUACUACUACUACUACUACUACUACUACUACUACUACUACUACUACUACUACUACUACUACUACUACUACUACUACUACUACUACUACUACUACUACUACUACUACUACUACUACUACUACUACUACUACUACUACUACUACUACUACUACUACUACUACUACUACUACUACUACUACUACUACUACUACUACUACUACUACUACUACUACUACUACUACUACUACUACUACUACUACUACUUGCUACUACUACUGCUGCUACUACUACUACUGCCGCUGUUGCUGCCGCGCAGUCGAAGCUGGCCCGUUCGCCAGAUGCGAGAGGUAGGUCAUUUAGGAGUUAACCCUUAUUGGAGGUGGUUCCACUACCCGACGAAUGGGCUGCCCGCAAUUAA